GUUUCGAAAAAUAGAAAUACAAAAUCUAGUACUCUGCUCAUCUGCUCCAUUUUCCACCUUUCUCCUCCGUCCUUGGUUCCUCCACUGCCACCAUGUCUCCGUCAGUCGUCGAAAACGGCGGCCUCCGACCGAUGAAAAUAAACGGUUUUCACAAUGAAGACGACCAUGCAUCCACCGACUGCAAACACUCCAAUGGAUCUCUUCCCUCGACGACGUCGUCAUCGAGGAUCAUCGUCGACGCAAUUCCGCCGAAGGAGUUUGAGAAGCUUCGGAGAGUCCUCGUUGCUUCGGCGAAAGGGUUCUCAAUCGGAGCGGGCAUCAAGGGAGGCCUCGCGGUCUUCGCGAUCUUGUCUCGAUUGACGCGAAAGCAACGGCAAAGGAAGGAGCUUGCGGUGACGAACGGCGAAGCGAUUGUAGCUGCUGUGAAGGAGACUCUGAGAUACGGUUUGUUCCUUGGAACCUUCGCCGGAACGUUUGUUUCCAUGGACGAGCUUAUUGGUGCUCUCGGAGGUCACCGUAGGACAGCAAGGUGGAGAGCCUUCCUGGCAGGGGCUCUUGCUGGGCCAUCCAUGCUUCUGACUGGUUUGGAGACACAGCACACGAGCUUGGCCAUUUAUAUUCUCAUGCGUGCUGCUGUGUUAGCGUCUCGGUGUGGGAUCAAGAGCAAGCGGUUUGGGAGAUAUUGCAAGCCUCUCACCUGGAAGCAUGGAGACAUAUUCCUCAUGUGCCUAUCCUCCUCCCAAAUAUUGUCUGCUUAUAUAUUAAAGCAAGAGAGUUUGCCAUCUUCAUAUAAGUCUUUCCUUAAUAAACAUGGUGGGAAGGAUGCAGUUAUCCUACAAGGUGUAAAGGAGAUAGCCAGUGGCAAGCCUUUUACUAAUUUGGAAGCAAUAGAGAAUUACUACAAGACCAUUGGUGUUGAUGUGAAAUUAGAUCCAAGUAUGAAAGUCCCAUGCUCGAUUGUACAUGGGAAUCAAUCAUGUGGAGAACAUAUCCUUUCUUUUCUUGUUGAAGCCUACAAGAGAGCAUUACCUGUUUAUCUUCCAGUUUAUCUGAUACCUGCCCUAAUAGUUCACAGAAAUGGACUUUUGAAAAGGCCUAACACAAUAUUGGCCAAAGGUCUUCUUGGCACAGCAAGAUCAAGCUUAUUUUUAUCUGUUUAUUGUGCAUCUGCCUGGAUGUGGACGUGCUUUCUGUUCAGGAUCUUCAAAAGAUGUAAUAUUCCAAUGGUGGCCAUGGGAACAUUCCCAACGGGCCUUGCAUUGGCUAUUGAGAAGAAAAGCAGGCGAAUAGAGAUAUCAUUAUACUGCUUUGCACGGGCCAUCGAGAGUUUCUUCACAUGCUUAGCAGAUGCAGGAUAUCUCCCUCACUCAAGGAGAAUCAAGAGAGCUGAUGUAGUAGUUUUCAGCUUGUCAACAGCUAUCAUAAUGCACUGCUAUGCUGAGGAGAGGGAUGUUUUCAGAUCCAAAUAUCUUAAUGUUCUUGACUGGGUAUUUGGUGUACCGCCUCCUCCAUGUGAAACCCCGCGGUGCAACCCACAGGGCAAAGGGACAACAAAUAUGCCAGCACCAGCAGAGUAUUCUUUACCCGGGAAAAUUGCACUUGACUAGGCGGUACAUUGAUGAUGUUGCUUUCCCCAGGUGACAAUUAGAGCCUGAUUAUUGUGUGGGAAUUUCUUUGGUGAAGAGUGAACUUGGGUGAAGAGUUUUUAAAGAGAGUGCGCAUUGCAUGUGAUACAUUUUAUUGUAGAACAAACCAUCUUUAGUUUUUACCCAACUUCAUUCUUCACCAUGGUAUUACCUUUAUUGUGUUGGGCAAGGGAACUACAAUCAUUACUUGAACGUGACUGCAUACAUGAAAAAUACUUGUAUGUUUCUUAAACACAUUAAUACGUUUUCCAAGAACAUUUACAACUACUCAUUCUUAUUAUCUAUAAAUUUGUAAGUUAUACACACAGAAAACUGAGUAGUUCUAAAUGUUAAGAACAUAUGUGGGUGUUAUGAACAUGCAAGUAUUUCUUGUAGUCUUGGAGUAUCCAGUUAACUCAGGGAUAUCAGAAGAUCGAAGGUCUCUUUUUAAUGUUUAUUGCUGCAUGGUAUUUUGAAGCAGUGGCAUACCAACUAACCUAUUGAUCACUCUAAUGAUAUUAUUCUCUGGUGACCAUUAUUAGCAGUGCCAAGAAUUAACUCCUCAGCAAUCUAAUUCUGGAUCAGCCGCACAUAUCUUCUCUUUGUAACUUCAAAAUCUUUGAAAGCUUUGCUUAUUUGAUUUGUUAAUUUGAUUUUACAUAUUUAUUAAUAUAUUGAAGUGGAAGUGAUUCAAGAGUUUAGUUAUUUUUACCCUUGUAUCAGAAAUAUAGCCCUGACUGAGUAAACCUUCUCAUGGGUAAUUUAUGCUUUCAUCUCUUCGGUAGGGUUGUUAGAAAGAUAUAAAGAUAGAGACCAGACACGAUGUAUUUGAUUGCAAACAUAGAUACAGACGACUUCUGUUUUUUAACAACUUUUUGUAUUUUCAGACUCUUAGAAGGUGGAAACAGUGCUGGUUAAAUGCGGGAAUGAACGAGUAAAUUACUAAAAUGGUUUUUGUUUUUACUGUUAAGGGAUCUGUCUGAGGUAUAGCUCGUCGUAGAAGGGGAGAUGUCGUUUUGUCUUCUCCAUAGAUGAGUUAUACGCUGGACUCCAAAAAACACCAGAUGGGAUUGGUAAAUGCAAAAAGUACUUCAACGCUCAACUUAGUAAUAAUUCAAAGAUAGUGAGAGUGACUUAAGUGAGUAUUAGGUUUUGAUAUGUCUUUUACCUUUACUUAAUGUUACCUUAUAUAGAUUGAAUAGAGACCAAGUAUUUUGAAUAUACUCAGUUAGCGAAUGAUAAGUUAUGGUUAUGGUGAGAACCACAAUGUGUUUACUGUGAUAUUCUUAGCAUCUGUUCUGACUAUUUUAUUGAGUUGGCGGUGAUGAUGUGUGAUGAAGUCAUCAUGUCGUUGUGUUGAGUGUUAUCAUGCUUUUGAGUUAUUAGAUGAGUUUUAACUUUUUUUUGCCGAGGUAUAGGUUUCAUUGGCCGAGUUAUAGUUAAUGGAUCAAGACUUGUUCUUUGAGUAAAAGGUGGCAAUUAUUGAGUAAUAUGGAAUGAGAAAGACUGUAACGGUCGAGUUAUAGAUAUAACGACCGAAUUAUGUGUUGGUAAUUUAUGAGUCAUGAAAACCCUAAUGUUCUUUUGACCAAAUCUCUGAAUUAUAGCUUGUAGUCGCUAAGUUAUAAUGAUCAGAUCACAGCCCCAAAACUUGAUUUGUUUA